UGGACCACCGGCCUCUUCGACUGCUUCUCCGACAUGAAAAAUUGUUGCAUAACAUGCUGGUGCCCCUGCAUUACUUUUGGCCAAAUCGCGGAGAUCGUGGAUAAAGGAGGAUCAUCUUGUGGUGCUAGUGGAGCGUUGUACACACUUAUUGCCUGUGUGAUUGGUUGUCCAUGCUUCUACUCUUGUUUCUAUCGCUCCAAAAUGAGGCAGCAGUAUAUGCUGGAGGAGAGCUUCUGUGGGGAUUGUAUGAUUCACUGCCUCUGUGAGGGAUGUGCCUUGUGCCAAGAGCAUCGUGAGCUCCAAAACCGCGGCUACGACAUGAGCAUUGGCUGGCAUGGAAACGUGGAGCGACGUAAUAAGGAGGCCAUGAUGGGCCGUCCUGUGGUGGAAGGGAGCAUGAGCCGAUAGAGUGCAAAUCUGCUGUUGACC